AUGGGGGGGGGGGCUGUGCCACGCGUCCCUCAGCCUGGGCCGCCACCUCCUAUGUUCGUGUACACUUUCGAGGGCGCGCACCGACGCACGGUUCGUGUGGCACACGAACCAUUGCAGGCGUCUGCUGCUGCUGCCGCCCCGGACAAGAUCAGGAUCAAGCUCAAGUCUUUCGACACGGCCCUCAUCCGUCAGGCGUGCGACGACAUCGUGGGCGCUGCGGGUUCGACCGGCGCGUCGAUCGCCGGACCAGUGCCGCUCCCCACGCGCCGCAAGAUCUACUGCGUGCUCAGGUCGCCGCACGUGAACAAGGACUCGCGGGAGCACUUUGAGACCCGGACACACCAGCGCCUUAUCGACAUCACCGACCUUUCGGCACAGACGGUGGACAAGCUCAUGCAGCUCGACCUGCCUGCGGGGGUCGACGUGCAGGUCAAGCUCUAA